AUGCUAAGUAAUGUCAAAGAUUUACUCGAGAUAGAUACCGAAAUAGGUGUCAUUGAUGAGGAAAGAUCAAAUCUAGCAGUUCAAUUAAAUACAGCCCAACAGAAGAUCCUUUCUGAUUCUGAGAAAACUUCUUUAUACAAAAGUAUAGCUGAACAAAUAAAAUCCUGUGAGAAUGUUUUAGAUGUUCAGAGGUUAAGGAACGAAUUUGGUAACUUGAAAGCAUUCGAUGAGUUAGAAGUGAAAUUUACAGAGCAAAAUCUAAUUGAAAAUAAGAUAUUAGAAUUGGAACAUGUAAAGAACGAAUUAGAUGAAUUAAUUUCUAAAAAUGUUCAAGAUCUUUCUUUUUAUGAAAUUGCAAUCUUACACGGAAAAUUAAAGGAAAUCGCUGAUAGUAAUGUUUUGAUAGAAAGUCCGUUACUUACAUUAACUUUAGACUCGUUCGAUAAAAGAAUGAUAUCCAGAUAUGCUGAAUACAUUGCCAUAGAUUACAACCAGCAAUUAUUUAAUUCCAAAUGGGAUACUGAGCAUUUUGUUAUAUCAGACUCUGAAACUGUAGAGAGGUUAAAUAAAACUUCUUCUUUACUCUUCAAACUAACACAAUUAUACUUCAAUGCUGAAAACCGAGCCAUGUGGAAUUUCAUAUCCAUUUCUAAUAAUUUUAAAAUUAGAUUUACCUAUCAUUUUCAUAACAAUUCUUCUACCAUUAAUCUGUAUUUCAAGUUCUUGAAUGAUUAUCUCAACAAUAAUUUGUACAAAUGUAUAAGCAUUUUCGAAGAUAAGUCAAUCGGUCUUACGAAACAGUUAAUCCACGAAGAGUUUAUUAACCAUAUUUUAGAUCCAAUCAGGGAAAAAAUAAAUGUAUCACUUCUACAGAAUGACGUUAAGACUUUCAUAACGCUUAUCUCCCAAAUUAUAUCAACCGACAAAAAUUUAGCCAGUCAGUAUUUUUACCAUGGAAAAGGUCUUAUUUCUCUUGUGUCAGAAGAAAGUUGGAAUAAAUGGUUGCAGUUUGAGAUAUCAACUACAAAGAAACAAUUUGAGACCAUUACUAACUCACCUAAGGAGUUAAUCCCAUCAGUUCAAAACUUUUGCAAAUUACUUAAGAAAGUAUAUGAUUAUUUAGAACCAUUUUAUGGAUUGAAUAAUUCCAAACUUGAUAAACUUAAAUUGAAAACCUGCUCUCAAAUAUUUUUACGAUUAUCUACAGAAUAUCUUGAAUAUGUUAUGACUACGGAUUCUCUUGAUGAAAGUCACAAUAAAAUCGAUGAAUUAUUUCAAACAAUGACUAAGUUACAGAUAUUACACAUUGCCCAUACAAAGAUAUACGAAUUAUCUCAACAAUUUAUUUUCAUUGAAUUAACAUCACUUGUAAAUGAAAGCGAAUCCAGGCGAUAUGUAUCCGUCUUCCAAGACGUGUUGAAUUCCUUCAGGGAUAAUAUGGAGAACGAUUUAGAAGGUUCAAUUAUCCACAGAAUUCAAAAAUUAUCAAAAGAUGCACUCCAAAACUACUUUAAAGUCAAUACUUGGAUAAGUACUGAAUCUACAAUCGACGAACAUAUUACCCCUACAGCUGAGUUAAUCAAUUGUAUCACUAUGCUAAAAAGAGUUGUUUCAAAUUUAGACUCUUUGAAUAUUCCAUUUGAAAUCAGUAUUAAUAUCAAAAAUGAAUUAUUAAACCGAUUAGUAAAUUAUUUUAUUGAGUCCAUAUUGAAAUUAAAUAAAUUUAAUAAACAGGGUCUUCUCCAGUUUGAAAUUGAUUUCAAGGCAGUUAAGGACACAUUAAACCUACCAGGGGAUAUCCAUAAUUACCAAAGUGAUACUCUUAGGGAAUUGUUGACCAUCUUACGUCUUAAAUAUGAUACUUUAGCCGAAAUAUACAUUCAAAAGGGCUAUAUCAAAAAUGGAGAUUUUUCUGACCUAAAAAAGGAUAUGAAGAUCAAUUUUUUGAGUGAUUCAGAUAUACAGGAUGCCUUAUACAGGAUUCUCUUAAACAAUAUAGUUUAA